AUGCAAUUCACCAACACUCUUGUCUUCCUCCUCGCCGCUACGGCUAUGUCCUGCAAGUGCUGGUUCCACAGUGGCUCUCCUCCGAGCCAGGAGAUCGCCUGGGACGAGUCUUACUCCUGCUGCUUCGGGGAGGCUGCAGGAACGUGGCGCAGCAAGGAUUGCAAGAGCCCCAUCCCCAAGGUUUACCGCGCCUGCUGCUUGCACCACCCUAAUGAUCCAACACAAGGUUCUUCGCUAUCACCAAUCCACGAUUGCCACGCUAGAGCAGCACCACUCUGUUUCUAUCUCACAGGAAUUACAGCGAGGAUGAGGGCAUAA